AUGGUCAAGAAGAAUAACGAAAGCAACAUCGGAUUGUCCUUGUUCUUGGGAAACUAUGAUGACUUUGGAGACAAGGACAUGGUGCAAAGCCUCGGAGGUAUCGGAAAUAGAUUUGGGCUUGGAUUUAUUGAUGAAGCUGAAAACGCUGCAGAAGUUGAGAGUGAAGACAGUUUAAUCAGCGAUGAAGAAGAUGAAGCUCUCAGCGAAUCGGUUAUGAGUGAUCAAGAAGACCAAGAUUAUAUCCCUUCGAAAUAUAUUCUUUCUCAUGAAGGUACAGGCAAUCCUUUACUUCGUUUCUCGGAAUUAUUUGGAGCAAAGGAGGCUAAAAAGCAAAAACAUAAAAUUUUCAAUAUGAAAGGAAUUAUUGAUAAAUUAAAAGAGCAUACCAAGGUGAGAUAUAAUCUUGAGGAUGGAGAUGAUGAAGAAGAUGUCUUCUUUGAGAAUGACGUGAAAGUAAGAGCCAUGACAAAGAAAAUAUCUGAAAUGUUGUUACAAGAAGAACAAAUCAUGAAAGACGAAGAAGAUAUCGAAAAGGAACAAAACAGAACGGAAUCUGAAAAUGUCAAACAAAUGAUGAUUGAAGAUAUUAUUGCUCAACGAAGCUCUUUUCAUAACUUGGAUCAAGCACAUUGGGAAAACGAUAUUGUUUGGGAUAUCACAAAAAAAGGAGAGGAAGCGGAACAACAAUCGAAAUCAAAACAAACUACUUUGCAAAACGAUCAGCAUGCAGGAAAAUCACAUAUUCAGCCAACCUUUGGAUCCUCCAUACUUGGCUUGAGCAAUAUAGAUAUGUUUCAAUCCCAUCACAAUGACAAUAAGAUCAAUCAAAUCCCUGAUCUUAGUGGUAUUCCAAAAUUAAAUACCUCUAGCAAAGGAGAAUGGGGAGAAUACGAAUCAGAAAAAGAAGAAAAACAAAAGCCACAGAAAGCAAGUCCUGCUACCUUAUCAAAGCCUUCAAUUCCUUCGACAACCCCAAACCAAGCUCAACCUCCUGGAAAAGACUUGGCCCAACAAGACGCAAGCACUUUUGAUACUGGGUAUGCUGGUGAGUCUGAACCUUUCAAUUUUGCAGAUGAUAAAAGAGCAAAACGAAAAUAUACUCGUAGAAAGAAAAAGGAUACGAUCGAGGAAGAUGGUAGUGUUCGAUAUCCAAAAUCUGUCGCCAGACACUUCAUGACUGACUUUUCAAAUGACGACGAGGAGGGUCCACAAUUCAAAUUCCUCAAUGAAAAUCUAUUGAAUGGGGAAUGGUUGGAUGACGUUUAUUGGGACGACGUUGGACCAAAGCCUUCACAAAAAUUGCUCCUUGACAUGAAUGACAAGUCAAUGUUCUUUGUUGAAGCCAAUUAUCCUGACCAAGCUGAAAAGGAAGAGGCCUUUUAUUCCAUCGAACAAAAUAUUUAUAACAUUUCGAAUGACUCCAAGUAUGAAGGUCAAAAAAUUAAGGAUCAAGGUCAAAAGGCAGGCGCUAAAAAGUAUACUGUCAAACACUCACUUCCUGCACUAAAGCUUGAUACUGAAUUAUACAGAAGUCACAUUCCUGAUGCUGAAUUACGUAGACUUCAUCAUCGCCGAACUAAAUUCAAGGCGAAUGAAGUUAUGCCAGUUCUUUUCAGAAAGCCAAAGAAAGAAAAGAAAAAGUCAAAGAAGAAGAAAGAUUUAGAGAAGAAACAAGACUUGUCCGCUAACGAUCAUCGUGUAAUUCUUAUGGAAUAUGUAGAGGAAAGACCACCACUUUUAAAUAACGUUGGAAUGGGUACUAUGAUAAUGAAUUAUUACAAAAAACCAAAUUCUGCGUUUGAAAAAGUACCUGAGUGUGAAGAUGGUAUUCCAAUCAUUGUAGAAUCAGAAGAUAGCGUACCUCUCAUUACUACACUGGUUGAUGGUGAAUUUGUGACAACUACCGAAAACAACAUGUUCCGUGCUCAAAUCUACAAAAACCAGGUCCCUUCAACAGACUUUCUUCUGUGCACUAGAAAGUCAAAGGAUGGCAAGACCAAGUUCUAUAUUCGUGAAUUUCCUAGAACAUAUACCGUUGGUCACACUCAGCCUCAAGUUGAAGUCACUCCUCCAAGAACUCGUGCUUCUGAGAGUUACACCAAUAAUCGUUUGACCCUUUUCAUUUUCCGUUCAUUCCUUGACCAGAUGAAGAAAGGCAAAAGGCAACUCAGGAUUAAAAUUGACGAUAUCAAGGAAGCCUUCCCUGAUUUUCCUCACCAAACAAUUCGAGAAAGGCUUAAAGCACUCGCUACAUAUGACAGAGGAAGCGGUGUAUGGACAGCUGAUCCUGCAAAGCCAAUUCCUUCUGAGGAAGAACUUCGUAACCUCGUUUCUCCUGAGAUGGUCUGUAUUAACGAAUCCAUGCUUUCUGGAGAUCUAAGACUUAAUGACAAAGGAAUAGAUGAUGAAGCUUCCAUGGUGGCGUUUGAGCUAUCUUUUGCAAAGGUAGAAGAGAAGUAUCGUGACACCAUUCGAUUUAUUGAACGUGAAAAAAUUGAAUUACCUUGGGACAAAACUAAUAACUUCCAUCUCUGUUUUAAGGGUGGUAAAGAAGGUGUAAAAUUACAACUACUCAGCAUUGUGCAUCAAAAUAUUACAAAUCCUGAAAAGCUGAAACAACUUGUUGACGAAACUGAAAAGAGAAUUCAAAGUGAAAUUGAAGAAAUUCUGCCUUCUAUGACUGAUACUGAAGCUAAGAGGAUUCUUCUAAAUAACAAGUAUACAGAAGAACAAUUAAGAAAUAUGACUCGUGCCGAUCGAAAGAUGAAUGCCAGAAAGAUUUUAAAGCAACAAGGUUAUCAGCCAGGUGUAGAAUAUAAUCGUGACUCUCUUUUUGAUGAAACAAACACGAACGGUGCUAUGGAUAGCAAUGCUAUUGACAGUAGAAAGAAUGCCAAAGACAUUGCUCGUAUUAACAUAUUCAAAGAAGUACUUCAAGAUGUACUUUUCAGAGAAGCCAUGAAGCUGGAAAAUGGCUUAAACUUUUAUGAAACCUCGGAUGAAGUGAUUGACCAACUAGUUGAGAAAAAGCUUGGUAGAUUGAAGGGAGACAAGGAACUCGAACUCGAAAAGAUGGUUGCCACUUCCAAACAACAAAUGCUAAAAGAGUUUGAAGAAGGGGCAGAAACAGGAAAGAAAAAACGAGGACGAAAAAGCAAACAGCCAAGUGUCGUGGAUGUUGGCAAGCGAUAUGUUAAAAAGACAACAUUCAUUACCAAUGAAGAUGGCUCAACCACUGAAAAAGUUGAAUAUAUCAAAAACCCAACCCAAGUGAGCUAUUAUGAAUCUGUUGUGAAAGGAAAGAGACGACAAAAACACUUUUUAGGAGCCACUGAAGACGAGGUUUUAUUGGUUGGUCCAAAAGAACGAGGCAGGUUGCAGGCUCUCUCAAGAGAAUUCAAAAAGAAGUUCCGUUCUGACAAGCAAACUGCCAGUGAAAAGUUAAAUCAAGAAAAGAAGAAACGAACAACUGCCAUCAAGAAUGCCUCUGUGACAACAACCAGAAAACAACAAACCAAGCAAAAGAGACUUAAGAGAGAACAAAAGAAAGAAGAAGAGAUGCAGAAGAAGGAAAAGAGAGCUGCUGUUUUGAAGACAUUAGACUCUAACACUGGUGGUGCAAUCAUUAUUCCAGACGAAGCGUCAUCAUCUAAAAAGAAAGAAAAAUCCAAGGAUAAGGAUUCGUCCAAGAAGCGAAGUAAAUCCUCUUCUAAAGAAGAUGGUAGCUUGAAAAUUACUAUCUCUCCAGCUUCCAGUGACAAGAAACGAAAGGGAGAAGGAUCUUCGUCAGCAAGCGCGUCAGAAAGUUCGACAAAGAAAACUAAAGUUAAAUAG